CUGAUAAGCAUGCUCAUAAAACCAAGGCCUUAGCCAGGACUGCGCUUAUACGAUUCCCAGAUACACCAUGAUCAGGACACUACUGCUGUGUGCAUCGGUGGCUGCAGCUCUCGGCUGCGGGCUCCCCACUUACCUGCCCCACUUGUCCAGGGUGGUGGGAGGUGAAGAUGCAAGUCCCAACAGCUGGCCCUGGCAGGUCUCCCUACAGUACAGCUCCAGUGGCACCUGGCGCCACACCUGCGGAGGGUCCCUGGUGGCCAACAACUGGGUCCUGACAGCUGCCCACUGCAUCAGCUCGUCCAGGACCUACCGUGUGCUGCUGGGCCGGCACAGCCUCUCCACUGACGAGUCCGGCUCGCUGGCUGUCCAAGUUUCCAAGCUUGUGGUGCACGAGGACUGGAACUCCAGCCAGCUCUCUAAAGGGAAUGACAUUGCCCUGCUCAAACUGGCCGAGCCUGUCACGCUGACCGACAAGAUCCAGCUGGCCUGCCUCCCACCUGCCGGCACCAUUCUACCCAACAACUACCCCUGCUACGUCACGGGCUGGGGAAGGCUGCAGACCAAUGGGGCUCUUCCGGACAUCCUGCAGGAGGGCCAGUUGCUGGUGGUGGACUACGCCACGUGUUCCAGCCCUGGCUGGUGGGGCAGCUCCGUGAAGACCAACAUGGUCUGUGCGGGCGGCGAUGGCGUGAUCUCCAGCUGCAACGGGGACUCUGGUGGGCCGCUGAACUGCCAGGCGGCCAACGGCCAGUGGGAAGUGCAUGGCGUGGUCAGCUUUGGGUCCUCCCUUGGUUGCAACUACUACCACAAGCCCUCUGUCUUCACACGGGUCUCCAACUACAUCGACUGGAUCAAUUCGGUGAUUGCGAAUAACUAACCAGUCCUCCUGACUGUUCCAGGCUUGGAAAGGUCAUAGCAGGAAAAUAAUAAAGUGACAACUGCAUGAAUCACA